CUUCUGCCCGGGUUCUACCGAGCCGUCCUCCAGCCAAAUGUCACCGUCCUUACUCAAGCAGAAGGAGAAACAGCCUGGGAAGAUGAGCAGGAGAUGCGCGACCGAAUGGCCGAAUACGCCAAAGAAAAAUUUGCCAAGAAAUACCACCACUGGGAUAAUAUUAAAAAGCGAGCGAAACGGGAUGGUGGCAGCCUGAGCAUACCAAUAGCUACUGCCGUCGUCACUGGCAUGAUUGGAAUGACGGCAAAAACUGUGCAAGAUCUGGCCAGCUACCAGUACGGUGUUUCGGAGGGUGGCUGUGUCUGGUUCGGCACGGCGCCACUUUGCAACCAUCACUGCCCGUCGGAUUACGACUACAUUCGCAGCCAUACUGGAAGAUGCUCAGACUUCUGGAUGGCCGGCUUCUGCGUGCCUGAUGAUAGCUUUGGAAAGCCGUGUACCACGAUACUCGGCGACUACUUCAAGAAACGCUUCUGUUGCAAAUCAGACCCGCGGGAAUGCGCGUGGAGCGGCCGCUGGAUGGGCGCGAAUACCGCUCACAACAUCUACUGCCGC